CAUAAAUAUGGGGGAAUUCAACGGUUGUGUGGACUGAAAAGAGAAAAUAGAAGCAGUAAAUAAUGGCUGUGAAUGAAUCAGUUGGAAAAAAUGGUACAUCCACUAGUAAAACCUUUAUCUGACUUACUUGGUACAUGGAGAGGUGAAGGAGAGGGGUUUUUCCCAACAAUUUCCUCAUUCAAUUACUCUGAAGAGCUCCAAUUUUCACACUCUCCCAACAAGCCUGUGAUAGCUUAUUCUCAAAAGACAUGGAACUUGAAAUCCGGACAACCUAUGCAUUCCGAGAGUGGAUACUGGAGACCUAAACCCGAUGGGACAAUUGAAGUUGUCAUUGCUCAGAGCACUGGUCUUGUUGAAGUCCAGAAAGGAACAUAUGACAUGAAAGAGGGAGUUGUGAAUCUUAAAAGCGAACUGGUUGGCAAUGCUUCCAAGGUCAAGGAGAUAACUCGAGUUUUUAAAGUGGAGAAUUGUGAUCUAUCUUAUGUUGUGGAAAUGGCCACCAGCCUAACGAGUCUUCAGCCCCAUCUCAGAGCCUCUCUUAAGAAACUCUAGGCAGCCAGCUCAUGACAGGAGAUAUCAGUAUCUAUAACUACAUCCCUGAUGCACUUGUUCACUAAUGUUUGUUUGUAUUGACAUUUUCUCCUGUCUUACAAGAAGUAUGAUAUUGAAUGUUAAUUUCAAGAUAAAGCUCAAUUCCCUCUGUAAUAAUACAAGCUUUCUGUUGCCAAUUUUUGAACUGUUAUACAAUCGAUUUUGAGCUAUCAUUUACAAAACAUGAUGUCAUGACUCAAUAAACAAGUUGUUUUCCA